AAGGAGGCGAUGUUCGAAUCGCUUACCACUUUUCUCCCCUCCGCCCCCUUCGCCGGCAAUGUUCUUCCUGAACUCGCAGCACUGAAGCAAUCGAACGAGUUCGUGAAAUCUUCUAUCGCGACGGUCGCGAAGAUGGGCACCAAGGUGGAUCCAGUGACAAAGAAAGUCGUUUCCGAUAUUUUCACGGGUGAGGCGGAGCAGACGAUCAUGGUGAGUUUCGUUAUCCCGCUGUUCAAAGUCACCGUGGAGGAAACGAUGGAGGUGAUAAAGCUUCUUUCCCAAGUCCCACCGAACGACGAUAAUUCGCUGGAAAAAACCAACUCCUGGUUCUACUCGGUGUUGGCUGCGAAGGUGAACAGUCUCGCUGGUUCUCACGGAUUGGCGAUUCUAACCGCGGACGAGAAUGAAGAAAUGGUCCGCCCCUGGAAGGGCACGGCGAAGGUCUUGACGCACCAGUAUUUGAAAUACAAGAUCUCGGCUGCAACUGGGAAGACUCUGCUCUCCGAUUACUUCGCUAAACAGCAGAAGUACAUCAACACCACUGACAGUUCGGAAACGACAGAGAAACCAGCGGUGAAGUACCAACUCGAGUGGCUGCGACAAGCGAUCCAGCACAGCUUCUCUGCGCAAUUUGGUGUGAACCUCGGAUUUUUGAAAUCCGGGGUUGCGUUGAAGGACGUCGUUUCGCCGUUCUUGAGUACUGGUGGGUAUAAGACGACGGAGAAGGAGAAAUUUGCGGAAUACACUUUAAACGCCGCGAACAACGAUUUUUUCACCGGGAUUUUUUCGCCAUCAUUGGUGCCGGUUGUGUGGGAGAACUACGCGGCUCUAGCGGGUUCUUCUGACAUUGCCGCGGAAUCCCUUGAGUUCAAAGUGCACCUCCCGUUCUCUCACCUCCAAACCGCCAUCCCGAGUGAUGCCGCGGAGAAGGGGAAUAUGAUAACGAAAAUCCAUACGAAAAUUCAAAACGACUUGGAAAUCGCGGUUAGUGGUGCAAUCGACAGCAGCAGUAGUAACGCUGGUACGAAGCUCGAGUUGCAGGAGGUCGCUCUGCCGAAUGCGCAAACCAACGCCGGUGAAGCGACUUUCAUCGAGGCCCCGGAGAUGAAGUUCCAAUCGGCGAACUCUGGCGUGCUGGCGAUCGGCGCGGUGCAAACUCUCGUCCAGUUAUCCGGUUCUUACGCUAUGAAGGAAGUGAUGGUAGCUGAGUCCGACACAACUGAUUACAGCAACACGGAUUUGAAAGUGCUGCAAAUUAUCGGUGCCACGAUUCCGGUCGGGUAUGUUUCGAACUCGACGUUUGUCAUCAAGCCCUACUUCCCGCGUCGGAG